UAAAUGCAAUGGGACAUGCACCUAAGUGUAUUGUUACUGAUCAAGACCCGUCUAUGAGGAUUGCAAUUGAAAAAGUUUUUCCCAAUUCUCAUCACCGUUACUGCAUGUGGAGCAUAAUGUCUAAACUCACUAGGAAGCCUGUGUUUUUCGAACAAUUUGCACAAGUAAUUAAGGAGCAGAAGAGUAUUAUGCUCUCAUCACAGCAAGGUAAUGCACACUUGACCACCAAAACUUCCGUAAUUGAGCAAUUUUGUGGAUCAGCAGCUCCGUCAGAGGUGACUGUACUUCCGCCACAACAAGCUAGGAACAAGGGUUGUGGCAAGCGUUUUAAAGGUGGUAAAGAAGUUGCAAUACAAUCAAAGAAGAAGUUAAGGUUGUGCAGAACAUGUAACGAGAUGUGUCACCAUGAUAGUCGUAACUGCCCCAUGAAUAAAUCAUCUUGAAAUUUGCUACUUACCUAUUGUUGCUUUAUGAUUUUUUUUCUAUAAGUUCAUGGUUAUACAUGACUUGUUUUGGUUGACUUUGUUUAGUUUUCUUAGUUAUUUUU